AGAUUAAUCAUGUAACUUGCUGUGGUGUAACUUCCAAAACCAGUUUCCGCUGGUUUUCCUGGGCUAUCAACACUUCUCAGGCGAAGUAUGCUUAAAGUAUGAGUGAUGAACCACCAAAAAACAGUCGAGAUAGAUUCCUUAGUAGUCUCACAACCAGUGUCUCCGAUCAUGAUGAUCAAGAUUCAAAGGAUCGGCGAAAAUCCAGCGAUGUUCUUUCCAACGUCGAAGAGGAAGAGAUGGAAGAGGAGGUCAUUGUUUACGGCGAGGAUGUCAAUGACCCUUCUAUUGAACUCCUGGAUCCCCCAGACAUAGUGGUCGAGGAACUCCCACAGAAAGAGAUUAUUUUAACUCAGAUUGUGGACAAGGAUCCUGGAAGAAUGAGAUCGGCGCCACCUAAACCAAAAUGUCUGAUCCUUCCGACACCACGUGUUGUAAAUGUGAACAGUAAGAAGCAGUCCUCUGUAGACGAAGUAUCGAAUGAUCUCAAGUAUCAUCGAUCUUUACUCUUCGAUCAGUGUGAGAAGCAAGAACGACGAAUAAAAGCCUUUAUCCAGGAUGCAAAAGCUGAGAACUUGUCAGUGCAAGGAGAUAUUAAGUUUGAAAAAGUUGUCAAAUUUAACAAGAAGUUGAGAAAAUUUAAACCGGUCCACGACCGAAACAUGAUUUUAUGCCAAGAGUCUCUUCGUGAAACAAGUCAGGAUGAAGAGUCCCCUCAACAAAAAUCCAAGAGAUUAACAUUUGAAACAAAUGUUGAAAAAAUCAACAAAGGGGAACUAGCCAAAUCUUCCAGAAAGGGAUCUAAUGUAUCCAACAUAGGUGUUAUUUGUGACCCAGUUCCUGGUAUAAAAAUAGAAACAACAUUUCCCGUGGAAUCUGACACCCCGAUACAGUGCACAACAGAGAAAAUACUUGUCGAGCAUAUUAACCCUGUUUCUAAGAAAAAUGAGGAAUGCAAAAGUACAACCAAGGUUAUAACAACUUUCCCCACUAAUACGGACAAAGUUUUAACCUCCAACUUGAAUUCAAUUAAGAGUAAGGAACCUCAUCAAACUCAGUCUACUAGAAAAGAACCAAGUUUUAGAAGUAAAAAAGAGCCUAAAAAGAAUACCAGUAUGAAAAGUGAUCCAUCAAGCGUUUCCACACAAAAUACUUCAACUGCUGAGUUUAAGUAUAGAAAUGUAAAGCAUAAAACUGACCAUGAACCCGUGAUACCCUUUGUUGCAAAAGUUGGCAAUUCAAAUUCUGAUAUCCCGGAUGAAUCACGAAACCAGGAAAACAAUAGAAGAAAAAGUUCUGAAGUUAAUUUGAACUCCACUCAACAAGUGGAACCAGAUACAGAGAGAAUACCAGCACACUAUGGAACAAUACCACGUUCUAACUUUAGAUCCAAACUGCAGGAUUUGUCCCCAAAUCAAGAAAAUAAAAGAAGAAAAAGUGCUGAAUUGAUUGCAAAUGUGACUGAACAAAAGGAACCUCAAAUACCUCGAGGUGUUCCAACAACAACUGAAAUACCUUCACAAGCUAAUUCUAGGUUUGAUUUUCAUGAUAAAGAUUAUAGUAGAAGGAAUGAUGGUGAAGAUAAAUGCAACUCAGCAAAGCAUAGAGCUGUGACAGACUCAAAAUUCGACACUUCACUACUAGCUAUGUUCUCAACCAAAGAUGCUCCAUUUGUUGAUGAAUAUGGUAGAAGAAAAAGCAAUAACAUAAACAUAGAUUCUAUAAUACCAAAAAAAAGUGAAGAAUUUAUUGUAACACCAGAUGAUCAUUCUAAUAAUCAAUCAGCAAAGAAUGAACUUAUGAGAAGAAAAAGCACAGAAGUUAUCAAUUCCUCUACUAAACAGCUUGAAAUUCAAGAAAUAGGAACAAAAUUUGGAACCCUGCCAAGAGUGUCCAAAGAGGAGAGUGCCAAAAAAGAAGAAUCUUUAUUAGAAAAGUAUUAUAAAAACAAAGAAAUAAGUAGACUUCAAAAUAUUAAAACUGCUGAUAAGGAAGAUGAUACCAGUGCUGAAGUUGGGAAGGAGAGUAGGACAUGCAAACUGGAAGUUUCAACUUUAAUCGGAAAUUAUUCAAAACCUGAAUUGCCGGGUGGAAGUAAAAAUUCCAAAGACCUAGUUAAUGAAAAAAGAAGUUUACACGACUAUGAACAAAAAGAUUAUAGUAAAUCAAACCUUUAUGGUUCUCCUAAAAGUAUUAAUGAAAAUAUUAAGGCUGAAAAAUCAACACCAUUAUUCUCAAUUGAAAAAUAUGACAGUAAUGUUGGGAAAGAAAAGUUGGAACCCAUCAAUAUAAAUCAUGACAAACCUUAUGAACCAAAACAAAAACAGUAUGAAGAAAAGCAUGAAACUUUUAAACAAAGUUUUCCUAACUCAAGCGAGACAACCCUGAAAUAUGAAGCAUACAGAUAUUCAAACCAUUUAUCGAAUAAAAAUGAAAUUAAACACAAGCAAGAUCUUUCUGAAAAAAAUGAAAUAUUUUCAUAUAAAUAUGAAAAUCCAUUCAAGACAAAGCAGACUGAUAACUUAAAUACUGAUAUAUCUACUUCCCCCAGAAGUGAGUUUUCCUGUAAAGAGUUGAAGGAUUGUUCAGUAAAAUUGAAAGUGGAAACUUUAAAGAAUUUCUCAAACAACAAAGAAAAUGAAAUUGCCUCAAAGGAAACAAUUACAUCAGAAUUCUUACCUCAAAAGUAUGAAACAUCCGUAUCACCAGAAGAAAGAUUUACCAAAUCUGUAGAAGAAACUCCCAUAUUUAAGUCAGGGUUUCUUUUGAACAAAAAGGAUUCUAAACACAGAUCAGAAAUAUUUAGUCCCGGAUUUCUAUUGGACAAAAAUUCCCCUGCUGUUAAAAAUGAGGAUAAUUUGAAUAAAAAGGAGUCAAAGUACUCAAGAAACAUUGAUGAUAGUAAGAAAGGGGAUGUUUCCGCCAUACGAGAUAUUUUUGAGAAAUCAUUAAAUCAGACAGAUCAAUUUAGAGAUAAUAUCAAAGAAACCAAAACACAUGGAAACUAUGAAAACAAUAAUUACAUUUCAUCAAAAUCUCCCACUUCAAAAGAGACUUCCAAUGUUAAGAAUGAAUUGAAUGAGAUUUCUAAGCAAAAAAGUGAAAUAGAGAACAAACUGAAAAAAUUAAGUAAUGAUAAUUUGAAAAGACUGCUUCAGAUUUCCCCUUCUCCAGAAGAGUUCACAAUGACAGAUAAAUUGUUUAAAAAUGAAAACUUUGCUGAGUUGGAUAAUGAAAUUCUCAUUCCGGCAGAAUCAAACCUUCAAACCCAGUCUGAAAUAAUUUUCAACUCAAUUUAUAACAUCAACAAUGUAAAUAGGGAAGGUAAUCAAGAUGAUAACAAAGUCCCGUCUUCAAGAAAGAAGAGUAAUGACUCUAUAGUUUCUAAUAGUAGCAACAUAUCAUGUAGAUACAGGCAUAGAAGCGGGCCUGCAUCCCCUGAAGACACAUCUUUAUACAGUGAUAAGUCUACGGAAAGUGAAGAGGAAAAGUGGCGACCAAGAAGAAAAAGCGGUCCGUCUCAAUUGAAACCAGUUUUGCGAAAUGUAUAUGAAGCUAUUCCUCUUUCUUCAAUUAAGAAAAGUGUUACAUUUUCUACUCCGAAACUGUCUUCAAUAGACAGUGAAACAUUGGGCAGUGAAAUUGUAAAAAGAUUUGAGAGAAGAAACACAAUGGAAACAAUUCCUUUGCAAAAGAGUUCUGAAUCAUUAAAGAAGGUCAAUGUGGAGGAGAAGGUGCCCCUGAAAAAUAUUGAAAAGGGCAGAUUCAAAAUUAGUAUUGAAAAGGAUGAUCCUGUUGUGAAAAAUUUCAAAAAAGAUGAUGAAUCUACUUAUGACACUAAAAAUGAAUUAGAGGAAAUCAACAAACAAAAAGUAGAAAUAGAAAACAAAUUAAAAGAGAUGAAUGACAAGAAUCUACAACGAUUACUUCACAUGUCUCCGUCUCCUGAAACUCUACCUGAGACGGAAAAGAUGAGCAAUGAACUAUAUCCAGAACCAAAUUUAAGACCAUUAAUCCUUACCUCAAUUCCUUACAAUUAUACAGAUUCCAUGGGAGAGACUCCAUCUGGUACUAUCAAUCCAGCUCUCAGAGUUAACAGGGGACAUGUUAGACCAAGAAUGGGUAGACCAAGAUCACCAUAUCCUCCUCUAAUGGUGAGAGGAAAGUUUAUGAUGAACCCAAGAUCCCAACCCCCCUUCAUGCAAGGCCAAAUGAGGAUGAGCCCUCCAUUAAGACCAAUGCCAAUGCAUUUAUUUCAGAGUCCAAGUCCUACAACAGGUCUGAUAAGAAUUACCCCUAGGCAUCUCCCACCAUCUUAUAGAAUGAACAGACCAAGACUAAUGACACCGUCUCCAAUACAUCAAAGAUUCCCACAUCCUCGCAUGUCUCCAAUGAUGUCUCCAACACCAAGAUCUCCCUUAAGAACAUUAAGGUGCUCAGGACACUUUUCACCUAUACGACCGCCUAACUUUAAACCUAUGUACUAUUUGGGAGGGCCACCAUCUCCAAGGCCCCUACGACCUCCACUGAGAGCUCCAUCCUUUCCAUCUGUUCGUCAUCAAAUUCCUGGAAGCCAGAGAAUGCCCAUUGCACAAAAUAAUGAUGCUCUUUGGAACGAAGACUCUACUGGUAGCCAAUUUCACAAACCCAUUCAGAAAGUAAGACCGAUAAAAUCAUCUAAUGGAGAGCCUCUAAGGGCAGAUAUUAGAGACAUAAAACAUGUAACAGUUCAGCCGAAUGAAAAGAUCAUUCAAGUGAGAGGAUAUGGAACUGUUAAAAUAAAAACACCUGAAAUGGCUACAAUUACUUGCUCAGACCUUUUAACUGCCUACCGUCUCAGUCAAAACCUUACUGGGUCCCGCCCUUAUACAUAUGACCCAAAAGAGACUUUAGAUGCUCACAGAAGACUGGCCAUUAAUAGUAGAAAAAUAUUUGAAAAACUUUCUUCUCCGCGCAAGGAAAAGAAAGGUCCGUAUGAACCAAAUCGCGAGAUUUUAAGACUUUUUAGAAGUGACCAAAGGGGAAGAGAAAAAGUAGCCAUGGAAAAUGAGGAACUUCUAUACAAGCAUAAAUCUUCCAAUGAGCGACAAGGAGAAUUCUUUAGUCCUAAAAAUGCUGAUGUGCUAGAACAGUUCCAGGCCACACAUGAAUACAUCAGAAAGCUGUAUAUCCAUAGUAAAAGCAGUAUAAUACCCCCUGGUGACGAAUUUAAUGAUGUUCACGAAAGAGUUAAAUAUUUUUGUGGAGUGACCAAUGAGGAGCUACUUGAAAAAUUAAGGAAUGUAGAAGAAAGAGUCAGAAAUACUGAAUGGUUUAGUAGAGUUAACGAUACCAAGGAACGGAUGGCAAGCUUGUACAACGAGAACAAGGAGUUCCUGGAGAAGUUCAAGGCCCAGCAAGAGAAGAAGGUUAACGACCUGCUGGAGGAGAACAAGGAGCUCAUCAACACAAUGAAGGAGAAAGUUAACACCAUCGACAAGAACGUGAAGCAAAACUUGAGUAACCUCGAUCAAAUGGUGGAGGCUGCUGUCAUAGAGGUCAUCUAAUAAUCUAAUCACCAGCCUCUAAAUCCACAGUCAAAGUUUAGAGGUCAUAUAGUCCUCCAUACUCCACAGCCUCUGUUAAAAAUUCUUCAUACAGAUUGUAUGUAUUGCUACAGAGUUAUAUAUAUAACUCACUUCUUAGGAAUAGGGGUCUUAAUCCAUAAGAGACAGUAUAAGCUUAUCUAAUGUUCUUUGGUGCAAAGCUCUUGUAAUCCUUUAGUGACAUUGAGUUAAUUAAUUGAGGAUAUUUAAUCCUCUAUUGGCAUUGAGGAUAUUUAAUCCUCUAUUGGCAUUGAGGAUAUUUAAUCCUCUAUUGGAAUUGAGGAUAUUUAAUCCUCUAUUGGCAUUGAGGAUGUUUAAUCCUCUAUUGGCAUUGAGGAUAUUUAAUCCUCUAUUGGCAUUGCGGAUAUUUAAUCCUCUAUUGGCAUUGAGGAUAUUUAAUCCUCUAUUGGCAUUGAGGAUAUUUAAUCCUCUAUUGGCAUUGAGGAUAUUUAAUCCUCUAUUGGCAUUGCGGAUAUUUAAUCCUCUAUUGGCAUUGAGGAUGUUUAAUCCUCUAUUGGAAUUUAGGAUGUUUAAUCCUCUAUUGGCAUUGAGGAUAUUUAAUCCUCUGUUGGAAUUUAGGAUGUUUAAUCCUCUAUUGGCAUUGGGGAUAUUUGAUCCUCUUUUGGCAAUGAGGAAAUUUUUUCGAUUCUCUUGUGACAUCAUUUUACCCUGACAUAAAAACAUCAUCAGUAUUAUUGUAUAUUAUCAACUUCAUGUUUAUGAUGAUCACUUUGUCAGUGAGCCUUCACUUUCGAACCCGUUUUCCCGAUUUAAGUGUAGAUUUUUUAAACGAUUUAGAAGGAUGAAAUUUGAGCUGAGGAGAUUAAAAACAAAAACAAAAAAACAUAGUUUUUGAGCAUUAUGCAACAUAUUUAAAGAAAAGCUGGAUUAACUGUAACCAGAACUUAUCCAAAUAAGGAAUUUCGAUAAUAUAUAAUAUAAGGAAAAAAAAUUAGAGAUGUCAACGUUUUAAAGUAUAAAGAUCAAUGCAUUUAAUAAAUUUGCAGACUAAAAAUGAAUAGAAACGUUACGUAAUUUAUGUUUACUAUAUAAUUGAACUGACAAAAAUCACGAUUAGAAAAUCCAAGUUUGAAAAGAUUGUUUCAACAAGCCAAAUAUUGAAAAAUAAAAUCUAUUUCUGCAAUAAAAUAUUUAGAACUUUUUAAAACUUUUUUCAUUUUUAAAGUUAAGUUUGAACUGAAAGUUUUCCCGCUCGCAGUAUACGCAUUAGUAUUUGUGUGGAGAAAUUAUACAUAUUAUUAACAUGUUUAUAUUUAUAUGUUAUUAGAGCAUGCAAAUUAUAUGUUUUAAA